UCACCCCACCACCCGCCUCCUGUCGAUGACGUCGCUCUCCAGCUCGAAUCGCCGCAGCACACAACGCCACAGGGGCUCCGAAGUGGGGAAGCGGUCGGUGAGCGAUGCAGGUGGAACAGCAGUUGGUGCCUCGGUCGUCCACAGGUCGAUGUCACCGUCCUCCACCGAGAUAUAGGCAACGACACUCUCGUUGGGUCGGAAGCCGCUGACAAUCACAUGGUGACAGUCUUCCGCAUUCGCAGCAUACCGAUUGCCCCGGUCGAAGCGGAAGUCGACAGCGAUCCCCUGAUCCUCUGUGAUGGCGUCGGUCCUCAGCAGACGGCCAUACCGCCGGUUGUCACGGCCGAUAUUUGCUGCGAGCACCCUCCUGUGACCCACUCCCUCUUCAUGUGACCAGCUGAGAAGCGCGUGAAGUAGAAAUGCCUAGAAUGAGUGAUAGAGAUUGGCGCUCGUGCGGAUGACGGGAUCGGUCCUCUUGUAGCCGUCAGCGUAGCGAUGGGCGCCCGGCAGCUCACCCAACGGCACCACACGAAACAACUCAUUGCCGAUCCGAUAGAGUCCGUCGUCGGAUUGCUGCAGUGCCAGACUGACCCCUGUGUGUGUGAGUUGGUGGCCGAAGGUCUUGUAGAUGGCCAUGGCGAGUGGCAGCUGGUGGAAGGCCGUGGCUGUGGGCAGCGAGUCAGCCGACAGACGGAGAGGACGCGUCGCAUUGGGGGUCAGCCGGUAGAUGAAGGCCAUCCGAAGGAACCGCCCCAU